AUGGCUUCAAGUACUGAAAUAGGGCUUGCAGCUACCGUAAACAUCCUCACUGCAUUCGCAUUUUUGGUAGCAUUUGCGAUACUUCGGAUUCAACCUAUAAACGACAGAGUAUAUUUUCCAAAAUGGUAUCUAAGGGGAUUAAGGAGCAAUCCACUUCAAUCAGGUGCAUUUGUGCAGAAGUUUGUAAACUUAGACUUCAGAUCAUACUUAAAGUUCCUGAAUUGGAUGCCUGCUGCAUUACGUAUGCCUGAGCCUGAGCUUAUCGAUCAUGCCGGAUUAGACUCUGUUCUUUACUUGAGAAUUUACUUAACAGGAUUGAAGAUCUUUGUUCCAAUAGCAUGCCUCGCUUUCUCAGUUAUGGUUCCAGUCAAUUUCACCAAUCGAACUUUGGAGGAAUCUAAAUUAACAUAUAGUGACAUAGACAAGCUUUCGAUUUCCAACAUUCCAACUGGAUCAAACAGAUUCUUUACACAUAUAGUCAUGGCAUAUGCUUUUACCUUUUGGACAUGUUAUAUUUUAAAAAGAGAAUAUGAGAUAGUUGCAUCAAUGAGGUUGCAUUUUAUCGCUUCAGAAAACCGAAGACCCGAUCAAUUUACAGUGCUAGUUAGAAAUGUCCCCCCUGACCCUGAUGAAUCGGUCAACGAACUCGUGGAACACUUUUUUCUAGUCAACCAUCCUGAUCACUAUCUAUCUCAUCAGGUUGUUUAUGAUGCACACUUGCUCUCUGAUUUGGUAAACGAGAAGAAAACAAAGCAAAAUUGGCUUGAUUACUAUCAACUUAAAUAUAAUAGAAAUAACCAGUCAAAAAGACCAUCAGUAAAGACUGGUUAUCUUGGUUUGUGGGGAAAGAGAGUGGAUGCUAUCGACUUUUACGAAUCUGAAGUCGAGAAACUAUCGAAAAAGAUAUUCAAAGAGAGGGAAAUAAUCACGAAAAGCUCGAAACAUGUUAUGGCAGCUGCAUUCGUCUCGUUUAAAACACGAUGGGGAGCUGCGGUUUGUGCACAAACCGAACAAUCCAGGAAUCCGACGAUUUGGUUAACGGAAUGGGCGCCUGAACCUCGCGAUGUUUAUUGGGAUAAUCUCGCGAUUCCAUUCGUUUCACUCACGAUUCGAAGGCUUGUAAUCGCUGUCGCGUUUUUCUUCCUUACUUUCUUCUUCAUGAUUCCGAUUGCAUUCGUUCAAUCGCUAGCUAAUAUCGAUGGAAUCGUCAAAGCCGCUCCCUUCUUACAGUCUCUUCUCGAAGUGGGGUUUAUCAAGUCUGUGAUCCAAGGUGUUCUUCCUGGAAUCGCUUUGAAGAUCUUCCUGAUUGUUCUUCCUUCGAUCCUCAUGAUGAUGUCUAAAUUUGAAGGAUUCACAUCCAUUUCAGCUCUCGAGAGAAGAUCCGCAACUCGCUAUUAUAUCUUCCAAUUCAUCAACGUCUUCCUUGGAAGCAUAAUCACCGGAACUGCAUUUCAACAGCUAAACACCUUCAUCCACCAAUCUGCAAACACGAUCCCAGCUACAAUCGGUGCAUCGAUACCAAUGAAGGCGACCUUCUUCAUCACUUACAUAAUGGUAGACGGAUGGGCGGGAGUUGCAGGAGAGAUUUUAAGAUUAAAACCGCUGAUCUUUUAUCACUUGAAGAAUUUUUUGUUAGUGAAAACUGAAAAAGAUAGAGAAGAAGCAAUGAAUCCAGGGAGUUUACCUUUCAACACCGGUGAACCUCAAAUCCAGCUUUAUUACUUACUCGGCCUUGUUUAUGCUUCUGUCACCCCAAUUCUUCUUCCUUUCAUAGUCGUCUUCUUUGCCUUAGCCUACGUCGUAUAUCGUCAUCAGAUUAUAAAUGUAUAUAAUCAACAAUACGAAAGUGCUGGAGCAUUUUGGCCAGAUGUUCAUGGGAGAAUCAUAACUGCACUGGUUGUUUCACAGCUGCUUUUAAUGGGUUUACUUAGCACAAAAGAAGCUGCUCAAUCAACCCCAUUGCUUAUUGUACUCCCUGUGUUGACACUUUGGUUUCAUAGAUUCUGUAAAGGAAGAUUUGAACCAGCUUUCGUUAGGUACCCUUUACAGGAAGCUAUGAUGAAAGACACAUUAGAAAGAGCAAGGGAGCCAAGUUUAAAUGUGAAGGAUUAUUUACAAGAUGCGUAUGUUCACCCGGUGUUUAGUAACAAAGAUAGAUGGGAUGGGAGUGAUGAUGGUGUGAGUGAUGAUGAGUGGCCGAAAGAACCGGCGCUUGUCCCUACGAAACGUGAGUCGCGGGUCAACACGCCGGUUAGGAGCCAACGGAGUGAGUCAUCGCGAACACUGUUGUGUGUUACUGAUGAAAGAUCGUGUCCGUAAGAUCGGAUUUUUAGGGUUUUGGUGGGUGGGGUGUUUGUGAAUGACUUUGAGAUGAAGCCUUUAUGUGUAUAUUGUUUUGGUUAAUCAAAAAGUUGGGAUUUGUUUUUGGUGUUGGCAACUUGGGCCAUCUUGUCCUAGAAAAAAAAAAUUGCUAAUUAUAAUCAAGUGUUCCUUAACUUAUGUGCA